AUGUCCUAUGAAAAUAACAACCCAGAGGAUUUGCAACGCUAUCCUACAUUUAUUUUCCAGCCCACCUACAAGGAAUUCAGCCUUGAGGAACAUAGAUUCGCUGACUACAUGUUGCUAAACCGUAACUCUGACCGCCCCGACAAAGCAGUCACCGAGCUUCUAAAAAGAAACACUUUGAAACUGUACGCUUACUACCUAGCUGCCAUUACCCGCGGAAUCACAAAUACUGACGUAAACAGAUUGUCUGGGAAAGGAGUUGAGAUCUGUGUUGGCAAAACACCCUCUGAAGACGAAACGUGGUCUCUUCCCGUGAACCUGAUUUCGCACCACUCGGCUUACUUCAAAGCCGCCUGCCUAUGGAAUGUCAAGGGGCAAAUCAACCUCUUGGGCCAUGACCCUUCCGUUUUCAGCCUUUUCGUCGAGUGGAUGUACAACGGGAGCUACGAUAUCUCCGCGUUUCCCAGAAAUCCCAGCAUGCACGCAAAAUGCUGGGUUCUCGGCGACUUUAUCCUCUGUAGAGAAUUCAAAAACUACGCCAUGGGCCGUCUUUUUGACGAGCACGUAGCCACAGCAUUCGGUAUCCCUGUCGCUUAUGAGGAUGUGCAGUAUGUGUGCAACAGCGCAUCAUCGGACUCAAAGUUGAAACUCUUCUACACGGAUUUUGUCACAGAUCAAUUUGGUGAUAUCUACAGGUUGCGCGGCUAUAUGGCGGACUGGGAGAAAUUCCUCGAGGACCACCCAAAGACUCGCUCUGCAUUACUUCGGAAGCUCCGAUAUGGUCCACCCAAGAAACCUCGUGUCAAGAGCGUAACAAAAUACCUCGAACCAGAAGAGGUUGUAUCAGAGUCGGCGUUGAGGGCACAAGUAGACUUUGCCAAGUUUGCUGAGAAAAAGCAGGAUGAAGGAUCGAAGCCUGCAUCUCAAAACGAAGUAUCGAAGCCUGCAUCUCAAGACGACAGCGAAAGGAGAAAACGCGAUCAGUUCGGCUUCAACGUUAAUGGCCUUCCGUCAGUACGAGGUCUCAACUGGAGUACAGCCGCCACUCCGCAGCUGCAGUUCUUUACUACACAGGAUAUAGCCAAUGUGCCAGCGCCCAAUGCUUCUUCACAGAGUGCUGUCACUUCAACAAUACAGUUCUUUCCUCCAAAGAGUAUAGCCGCUCCAGUAUCAAAUUCCUCUUCGCAGGGCACAGCCGUUCCAUCAGUACCCAAGUCCUCACAGGUUACACCUGCUCCGACAAUACAGCUCUUUCGCCCACAGAUUAAACCCUUCUCCAUAGCAGCGAAGUCCUCGCAGAGUACACCCGCUCCUUCAGCAGCGAACUUCUCUUUGCAGGGUACGGCUGCUCCGUUAGUGUCGAAUGCUUCUUCACAGGUUACAGUCAUCCCAUCAGUGCCGAGUUCUUCACAGGGUAUUAUAGCCUCUCCAGUACCGAGUCUGUCUUUGCCGGGUUCAGCCGCCCCGACAGUUCCGAAUGCUUCUUCACAGGAACGAGUCGCACCAUUAGUACCGAAGUCUUCUUCGCAGGAUUCAGCCACCGUGCUGCCAGUACCAAAUUCUUUGCAGGGCACAGCUGCUCCAUCAGGUUCUCCACAUGGUAUAGUCGCUCCGCCAACACAGUCUUUCCCUCUACAGGGCUCAGCCGUUCCGUCAGUGCCAAACGCUUCUCCAGAAGGCAUAGUCGUCCCACUAGCGCCGAAUUCCUCACAGACUACACCCGCUCCGCCGGUACCUAACUCUUCUUCUCGGGACACAGCUGCCCCAGUGGACCGGGUUGAAGGAGAACAGGAGAAGGAGAGUGUUGGUGAUGAGACAAACACAACCUCGAUUGCAACCCAAGAUGCAACAAUCAAGGAAUCGUCACCGAGCGGUAGUACAAGCGAUGAUGGUUCAGAGACACAGAAUACUCCAGGUUCGGGUGAAGAAUGA